AUGGGCUGUCACACGCACUUUGGAGUAACCCGUGGAUUUGACGUAUCGGUUUUCACAUCGUCGCGCUUGGAAACUUUCUCGGUGACUCCGUGCUGGACCAGAACCAUGGCCUCUGAUACGAGCCGCGUGUCCAGCAGACCCUCCUCCCCUGAGGUGGACGACAGCUUCAUGGCAACCCUGAAGAAGUCAGUGCACGGAUUCUCCGGCGCGGUGUCCUCCACGCAGAGCGACUCUCCCUCCGACAUCCCCGGCCUGCACCACCUGCACAGCCUGCACAACCUGCACAGCCUGCACGGCCUGCACGACCUGCACGACCUCUCCGCCUCCGACGACGAGUCCCUGGCCCUCAGGCUGGCCAAGAAGGACCGCAAGCUCCUGUCAGAGAACGAGCUGCAGUCCAUCCGCCUCAAGAUCAACAGCCGGGAGAGGAAGAGGAUGCACGACCUCAACGUGGCCAUGGACGGACUGCGGGAGGUCAUGCCCUAUGCGCAUGGGCCAUCGGUGCGUAAACUCUCCAAAAUCGCCACCCUGCUGCUGGCGAGAAACUACAUCCUGAUGCUGAGCAACUCGCUGGAGGAGAUGAAGCGCCUGGUCAGUGAGAUCUACGGCAGCAGCGCACACCACGGCGGCUUCCACCCGUCAGCCUGCGGGACUAUGACACACGCCGGGCCCGUGCCUGGACACCCGGCGGCCCCGCACCCCGCACACCCGGCGGUGCACCACCCGCUCCUCCCGCCGGCGGCCAUCUCCUCCGCGUCGCUGUCUGUGCCCGGGAUCUCCGCCGUCACCUCGGUGCGACCCCACCACGGACUCCUCAAAGCCCCGGUGCCCGGUGCAGGGCCGCUGGGCAGCAGCUUCCAGCACUGGGGCGUCGGCACCGGGAUGCCCUGUCCGUGCAGCAUGUGCCAAGUCCCGCCUCCGCAUGUGUCCAGCAUGAGCUCCGUCCCCAUGCCGAGGCUGACCAGCGACUCCAAGUGA